AUGGAUCGCAGGCAGCACGCUCGCCGGUCAGCCCAGGGCGAAGAGUUCGAGCUCCCCCUCACCCCCGGGUCCGCCACCUCGUCCACUGCCGACAGCAAGCCUGCCGACGGCCCCGGCGUAUCCAAGUCGCCCUCUCUGGCCCCUUCGCCUACCAGACCACUCGCUGCCAAGAAUGGGGCGGGCAAAGGGCCCAGCAAAAUCAUGGCAAGGGCAGCCAUGUUUGAGAAUUCAGAUGCCAGCGCAUCUCCGCCAUCGAAGAAGGGCGAAGCUCCCAAGAAGCUCAAACCGCCAACGCCAGGAGCCAGUCCAGGGUUCAGGUCAAUACCACCUGGCGGAGGGAAAGGGACCGGUCUGACCCCUAGAAAGCUGUCGCCAGAGAAAAGAUCUAUGGGGCGGGAACCGCUGGUAAAGUCGCCUGCAAAGACGCCUUCGCCCUCAAAGACGCCUUCGCCCUCAAAGACACCGCUGCCUGCGCCUGUGCCCGAACCGCCAGUGCCUUCACCAAUGAUAGAGGCACCUGUAACGGGCGAUAUCAGCAAGGACCAGACAGGGGAAACACCGCCAGCCACGGCAGCUGAGCGAUUCUCCGAGAUUCCUCUAUCAGCCACCGUUCCCAAAUCUCCCGCUGCGACCGCUUCCAGCUCUCCUGUUGCGACCUCCCCCAAUGAUCUCGCAACUGCGUCUCCCAGCUCCCCUUCCCUUCCCUACCUCGACGAGCCAGAAGACAAGGGCACCCUCCGCAUUUCUCCCAUACCUUCCAAACCUUCCAAUCUCCCCGGCAUCUCGACAGACUCUGAUGUCACACCUCCUGCUAGAGAGCAGGAGAAGGAGAGCAAAGGGUUCUUUGGUUCUGCUCUCGGAUUUGGGAUGCCGUCGCACGCACAGCCUUGGAAACCGUCGGAAGAGUCGUUGUCGACUGAUAUUACCAGUCCGCCUACGGAGCCUCCUUCGACUUCUGCAGGGUGGCGGUCGACAAUGACACACCUCCUUACGCGAUCUACCUCAGGCUCCGCUCUCACCCCUCCCAUACCCGCUCGAACUCCUUCCCCGCUAGCUGCUACCUCUUCUACCCUGCCCUCCACAUCCCAUCCGCCCGUCCCCCAGGCAUCCGUUAUCACCUCUUCCCCGACUGCUGUCUUGCUUCACGGUCCUGCCGCUACACCAAUCAGGGAUAGACGGCUCAGCAAGGAUAUAGUAGCGCUGGGGGUGGGCGAGAAGAGCCAAGAGGGCUUCCAAAGGGUGAGAGGAGAGAUGGAUAGUGCAGCGAGAGAGAUGAGGAGGGAGAGAGAUGCGAAACGGUCAGAGCAGAGCUCGCCCAGCUCUCCGCGACCUCCCCACUCGCCCAUUGCGGAGGCGCCAGAGGGAGCGGGAGAAACAGACUGGACAUUCUGGGGAUCCGUCGUCCAGACAUAUGAGGAUAUAGCUGUCAAUCAACCCAAAGAGUUGUCCAAAGCCAUUCAGAUGGGCAUACCGCCGGUGAUCCGUGGCGCUAUCUGGCAACUCAUGUCCUCCUCCAAGUCUUCUGAUCUGGAAGAGUCGUACAAAGCGCUGCUCAAGAUGGAAUCGAGUCACGAAAAGGCAAUCAUGAAGGACUUGAAUAGGACGUUUCCGAGUCAUAAGGUCUUCAAAGAAUCCGGAGGGCUAGGACAGGAGGGGUUGUUCAUGGUGGUCAAGGCAUAUAGCAUAUACGAUAAAGAAGUUGGCUACACUCAGGGACUUGCGUUCAUCGUCGCUGCUCUGCUUCUCAACAUGCCUGAUGAAGAGGCAUUCUGCGUUCUCGUUCGCCUCAUGACAUCGUACAACCUUCGCUCCCAUUACACCGCCGAAAUGCAAGGUCUCCAGCUUAGGCUUUUCCAGUUUGAUAGGCUGGUGGAGGAAGUAUUGCCGCUGGUGCAUACACAUUUUGUGAGGAAGGGGGUGAAGAGCAGCAUGUAUGCUAGUCAAUGGUUCAUGACUUUGUUCAGUUAUCGCUUCCCGUUGUCGUUGGUCUACCGGGUGUUGGAUAUCGUCUUUGCCGAAGGCAUCGAAGCCAUCUUUCGCUUUUCUCUCGCUCUCUUGAAAAAGUCCGAGGCCAAACUUGUCUCUCUCGAAUUUGAACAGAUUCUCAACUACCUUCAGACAGACCUCUACGAAGUUUAUAAAAAUAGUGCACAGGAUGAGCCGGCAAAGGGUGGUGAGGAUGAUGAUGGUGUGUGGCGGGCUGAUGAGUUUGUGAGGGAUGCCUUUGAGAUAAGAAUAACACCGCUCAUGCUCGACGCCUAUGCAUCGGAGUGGGAAGAACAAUGUCGGGCAGCAAAUCGACAUGCCAUGGAAGUGGACCAUCUCCGAAACAUCAAUCGUACCUUGAGCGGUCAAGUAAAACAACUGGAAGGAUCUCUAGCGGCCAUGAACCAAGAGCAUGUCGAUCUUGUUCGACAGCUCGUCAUGUCUAAAAUCGAAAAGGAAGAGACGGAGAACGAAUUGGUCAGAUAUAAAAUGCUUUAUGCCGAAAUGGCACACGCCCAGCAAGACGCCCUUUCAGUGCACUCUCGACUGUCCAGUGGUUCAGCUACCACUUCCAAACGCUGA